UGUGCGCAGCAGGACGAGGAAGUGUAGUGAAAAGUGUCCGUCUGUUCAGCAGCACAAUGAGACACUGAAUCGAAGAACAGAAACUUCCGUUAAAUCACACAUCUCUUCCGAGUCUCGUUCUACUGGAUCUGAUUGUGUAUUUGUGUGAAUGAUGGCUUUAGGAGUAUGUAGCAGGUCUCUGGUGUGGAUUAUAAUUGCGAUCAUGUGCUGGAGUCACAGCAGGUUUAUGGGUUUUUGUAGCAGCAGCACCGUGUCAGUUCCAGAGAGUCUGCUGUUUGUGUCCACGCUGGACGGGAACCUCCACGCAGUCAGCAGGAGAUCUGGAACCAUUAAAUGGACCCUGAAAGAAGAUCCUGUUCUACAAGUCCCAACGCAUGUUUCAGAGCCUGCUUUCCUCCCAGACCCCAAUGAUGGCAGUCUCUACUCUCUCGGAGGGAAAAAUAAUGAAGGACUGACGAAACUGCCGUUUACCAUACCGGAGCUGGUGCAGGCAUCACCGUGUCGCAGUUCUGACGGUAUCUUGUACAUGGGUAGGAAACAGGAUGUCUGGUAUGUGGUGGAUCUGCUGACUGGAGAAAAGCAACAGACUCUGACCUCGUCCUAUGCUGAGAUGCUUUGCCCAUCAUCCACUCUGCUCUACCUGGGCCGUACAGAGUACACAAUCACCAUGUAUGACACCAAGAGCAGAGAGCUGCGCUGGAAUGCCACCUAUGCAGAUUACGCCUUCACCCUGAUCGACGACGACACCAAAUAUAAUAUGGCUCACUUCGUGUCCAAUGGUGAUGGUCUAGUGGUGACUGUGAACAGCGAGUCUGGCGAUGUGCAGUGGGUCCAGAACUACAACUCUCCAGUGGUGGCUAUCUACAUCUGGCAGCGCGAGGGACUACGCAAGGUCAUGCACACCAAUGUUGCUGUGGAAACAUUGCGUUACCUGACCUUUAUGUCAGGAGAUAUGGGACGCAUUACACAGUGGAAAUAUCCGUUUCUUCGUGAGAAAAGGACUAAAGAUAAAUUAAUGUCUACCUUGUAUGUAGGAAAACACUCCACUGGCCUCUAUGCGUCACCCUCUCUUGUACAUGAUGGAGUUACUGUUGUGCCACGUGGUAGGACGUUUCCUAUGCUUGAGGGCCCUAAUAACCAGGAUUCAAGUAUAGAAGAGGACCAGGAGUGUGUGAUCACACCCAGCACAACAGUUAAAUUUAAUACUGCACUAAAGGAGAGAAACCGCAUCAACUUCAUGAAGAAUUCUCUGCUGCUCAUAGGUCACCAUGAAACACCCCCUGAUGCUCACAACAAAAUCCUGGCAACGUUUCCAGAUAGCAUCCCCCGUCAACCUGGCAACAUCAUUCCCCCAGCCACAGACAAGACCAUGGAAGAGAAGGUGAAUGAAAGUGGAAUGGAGGACAGCAGUCCAUUGCCUCCAUCUAUCUCUUCCUUGCAGGAAAAACCCAGCCACCAAUCCCGUGUGGAGACUCCAGUGGACUCUAUGUUAAAAGAUAUGGCCACCAUCAUCUUCUGUACCUUCCUGCUAGCUGGCUGGGUGGCCUUCAUCAUCAUCUACCCAAAGAGUGUACACAAGCAGCAGCAGCUACAGCACCAGCAGUUUCAGCAACAGAUGGAAGAGAAACUUCACCUCCUGCAGCGUCAGCAGCUCAUCUUUCAACCGCCUGACUCGGACUUCCUUGAGGUCACCCACAUGCGUUCAGAGAGCUCCACCCACAGCAGCCCUAAUGUCACCCCACGAACCUCCAACCACUCCAACAUGUCCCAGUCUGAGAUGGCCAAUUCUUCCAAUGAACAUGAGGAUCCUGAGGAAGAGUGCAACAUUGUCAGAAUUGUAAACAUCACAUUUAACCCCAAAGAUGUUCUUGGACAUGGUGCUGAGGGAACUAUUGUGUACAGGGGUCAUUUUGACAACCGUCCAGUGGCUGUAAAGAGAAUUCUACCAGAAUGCUUCAGCUUUGCAGAUCGAGAGGUUCAGCUGCUCAGGGAGUCAGAUGAACAUCCAAACGUGAUUCGUUACUUCUGCACUGAGAGAGAUCGACAGUUUCAGUAUAUAGCCAUAGAGCUCUGCAGUGCCACACUUCAAGAGUAUGUUGAACGAAAGGAUUUUAAUCGCUAUGGUUUGGAGCCUGUGGCACUGCUGAAGCAGACAAUGUCUGGACUGGCCCAUUUACAUUCUCUUAAUAUAGUUCACAGAGAUCUGAAGCCACACAACAUCCUGGUAUCUAUGCCAAACACACAUGGACGAGUUAAGGCUAUGAUCUCAGACUUUGGUCUGUGUAAAAAAUUGGCAGUGGGUCGACACAGCUUCAGUCGGCGCUCAGGAGUCCCCGGCACCGAGGGCUGGAUUGCCCCUGAAGUGCUCAUGGAGGAUGCAAAGCAAAACCCUACCUGCAUGGUAGACAUUUUCUCGGCAGGCUGUGUGUUUUAUUAUGUGGUGUCUGAAGGACAGCAUCCCUUUGGAAAGUCAUUGCAGCGUCAAGCAAACAUUCUACUAGGAGCAUACUCGCUGGACCACUUACAACCCAACACUCACGAGAGCAUUGUGGCCCGAAACUUGAUUGAACAAAUGUUAAGUAUGGACCCAGAGAAGAGGCCUUCAGCGGAGAGAGUCCUGAAACAUCCCUUCUUCUGGAGUCUGGAAAAGCAGCUGCAGUUCUUCCAGGAUGUGAGUGAUAGAAUUGAGAAGGAGCCAUUAGACGGACCAAUCGUGAGGCAGCUGGAAAGAGGAGGGCGUGUGGUGGUAAAAGGUGAUUGGAGGGAUCAUAUUACAGUGCCUCUUCAAAACGAUCUACGCAAGUUUCGGUCAUAUAAAGGUGGAUCAGUCAGAGAUCUUCUACGUGCCAUGAGAAAUAAGAAGCAUCAUUACCGGGAGUUACCAGAGGAGAUCCAGCAGACGCUGGGAUCUAUUCCAGAUGACUUUGUUUUCUAUUUCACAUCCCGCUUCCCUCUUCUUCUGCAGCACACACAUCUGGCCAUGCGCUCUUGUGCUGUGGAACGACUUUUUCUACCCUACUACCACAUUUCUGAACUGCUUACACACAUCACACCAACACAAAGUGUUCCACAGACUCCGCCCACCCAGUCAGAACCCUCUGGUCUGUUAUCAUCCAAUCAGAUAACAGCAACACCACAUGCAUUGCCUAACACAUUGUCUGCAAUGGAACUCUCACCUGAGCCCAAAGCAGAGGACAUACAGCCCAGCCCAGUACAGGCCACUGAUGCACCGGCAUAAACGGACACAUCCCUGGGAUGAAAUGUUUUUAUUUCUGUGUGGAUGUGAUCUGGGCCUGCAGUGCCCAGGCUAUAUGACCACAGAUGCCCAUCUUAAGUGCCUUACGACAACAGCUGCUCUGAGGGUGACCUGGAGAUUCCUGGUGCAGGUCAAGUGGAGGAGACUGGGAUGAAUCUGUUGAGUUGUGUUUGUAAACAAAUGCUGAUGGUAGUCAUUUUUUAAAAAAAGGACUUUUGUAAAGUAUGUUUACUGUGAUACACACAUCUGGAAGAUGGUGGAUGUUUUUGUUAAACAUUUGAAGUGUACACAAACAUUUCUACUGUGCAGUGUUGGUUAAUGCUGCGUUUACAUUCCAUCAGAAUUGCUGUAUUUACAAGUUGGAAUUUUGGGAAAGCUCUGACUUCUUUGAAAACGACAGAGACAGUGACAUUGUGUUCAAAAGAUAUACAGUAAUAGUUACAUUUUUGGACUUUUAAUAUUUGAGCAGAUUUUACCUGAUUUGCUUUUCAGUUUUUUAGCAUGUUGAUAGAGCUUAUAAGAUGAUUAAACUUAGUAACGAAUGGUUUAAAGUCAUUUCUGAGUUCAGCUCAGAUAUCAUGUAAAUACAGUAAUUCUGCCAUCAUGUGAAGGGCUCAGUGCUCAUACCAUUGAAUUGAUUUUUGUAUUGUGCGUUUUAAGUUUAAGUGGCAAUUGUGCCUUUUAAAUGACACUGUUGUGUAUCUUGCAACUGAGCUGAGGCUGUGUUUUGUGGUUUUGCCCUUGCUAUUGCUGCUGAAAACAUGUCUUAAUCAACUGUAUAGUAUGCUUUUAAAAGUCAAGCAUAUACUUUCAAAACUACGAUUUUUAUCCGGUAUUACGCUUCAGUCAUGCACUUUAUUUGUUGGCAUACUUUUUCAACAAAACAUGCAGGACAAUAUGUAUUUAUUCUUAUUGAUAGGGGUAUUCUCUGAUUAUUGUUUAGUACUUUUUUCAGAUUAUUUACAUGAAUUGAUAUUUAAGGAAUACAUGAACUGUGCAAAUACAUACCAUAUUAUAUAAAACAGGUCAUUUAGAACAGUUGAAACAUUCCAGGCAGAGCUUUUAUAAUGUUUCAUGUAUUUAUCAUGUUUUAGAUAUUUUUUAUAUUUCUUUGGAGGAACAUGAUGCAUUUUUACAUGUAGUGUUAAUAAAAGCUGCUAUUGUUUAC